GGCAGAAUGAUUGUAAUGGGAGGCCACCUCGAGGCUCAGGCUUCCGUGGGGGGUCCUGGACUGAAGUGGGACCACUGAUUGCUUCCCACAGCUGUUCUGCAUACGAAGGGGUGGGCUCCUACAUCCUGAUGGUGCUAUGAUGAUCUAGACCCCAGGCUGGGUACAGUGGGCUAGGAGUUUGGCAGUAGCACCGUGGUGGGGGAGGGGAUACCUGCCACUUGGUGGGCAGUCAUCUGGAUGAGGCCAGCAGCCUCCAUGGGGAUUGGGUCCUAGGCACCUGCUGCAGGGUCCAAUCCCUGUCUUUGGGGGAGCUGGUGAGCACCUUGCUUGACCCAAGAAGGGCUGGGGGUAGCCACAUUCAGUGAAAGGGGCCCAGGACGAGAUAGGUCACAUGAGCAGCUCACAGUGUGUGGGGGGGGUGAGGUUAGAGGGCAUGAGGUGGAGUCAGAUGUCACAGUAUUGCUCUACGGCUGUCUUUCUUGUGGCGACCUAGACAAGAGAGUAGAUUCAGUUCCUUCUAAACCAUGUCUCUUUCUGUCCCAGGUCUUCCCUUUACCCCCUCACACAGAUGAGGGCACCGGUCAAUGAAGGGUCUAUUGCAGCCUGGGGUGCAGCCCAGAUCCUGGUGUGCCCAUGCACACCCCGAGCACCUCUGUCCUGGCCUCUCAGGCCCAAGCAGGCUUUGGGGGCCAGCAGGGCUCACAGGGGUGCAGGGGCUGGGGUGUGCCUCCAGCUUGCCUGUCAUCUGCUUGGCACACUGGGGAGGCCCAUGGGUUCAGCUGACCUCUGGGGCCACCAUCAUAGGGCAGCACCAUUCACCUCACUGACGGUUCUGCCUGCCUUGCAUGGAGCUCCAGGCUCCUCCACUCCAGCUGUCAUGCGCCCUCUGAGGGUGCUUUCUGGUGCUGGUCUGGAGUCUAGGCUCUGCCCUGCUUGCAGAUGCCUGCUCCCACCCACCUCCAGCCAGGCCUACACAGUGGAGGCUGCUUUGAAUCUGCCUCAACAAGUCUAGGAAUGCAGGUGCAGUAGUACAGGCUCCCCACACCAGGCCCUGCGUUCUUGGGGCUUAGACCACACCAGAGUAAUAGCAAAGAACCAACGUAGGAAACCAGUGCUGACUUCUUUCUGCCCUCUUCAUCUGUGGUUUUCUCUGCCUGGGAGCCUCCUCCACUCUUCUACCAUCCCUCCACGGGUUGUGCCAACUGCACCCUGGACAUAGGUAUCUUUUGCCCAUGGGGGACCCACUUAGUCCUCACCAUGAAAGCUACCUGGCCAAGGCGUGGGGGAUGUCAGCUCAGGUUGAAAGCUGGGUGGGGACAGGGUCUCAUCCCAGGAGGGAGUGUCUACUCCAGGUGUACUGGGGUCUCCUGGUCUCCUCUGCGCUGUGGGUCGUGGGGGGUGUGCACACGGGUGAGGGCGUUCCUGGCGGAGUCCCCUUUAUCCCUCUCUCCUACUCACUCCCACUUUCACUAGCCCACUCCGGGGCGCCUGCACUAGGACAGUCGGAGCAAAUCCGGGUUAUUGAUUCUCUGGGGCAACCGGUUUCCCUUGCUCCGAGAUACCUGGAAGUGGGUGCCGUGGGCGUCCACAUGUCGCGAGCCCAAGGCCUGCGUGGGAGUCUGAUCAGCAGAGCACAGUUCUCCCAGGGUUACCAUCUGAAGAGCAACUGCUGGACUCCAGCCGCACCAUCAUGGGGAGCCCUGAGGGGCGCUUCCACUUUGCCAUUGACCGCGGGGGCACCUUUACAGAUGUCUUUGCCCAGUGCCCAGGAGGGCAUGUGCGGGUCCUGAAACUGCUCUCUGAGGACCCUGCCAACUAUGCAGACGCACCAACGGAGGGCAUCCGCCGCAUCCUGGAGGAGGAGGGGGGCGUGCAAUUGCCCCGGGACCGGCCUCUGGACACCAGUCGUAUUGCCAGCAUCCGCAUGGGUACCACAGUGGCCACCAAUGCACUAUUAGAACGACGGGGGGAACGGGUGGCCCUGCUGGUGACACGUGGCUUCCGGGACCUGCUGCACAUUGGCACCCAGGCCCGCGAGGACCUCUUUGAUCUGGCUGUGCCCAUGCCAGAGAUGCUGUAUGAGGAGGUGCUGGAGGUGGAGGAACGCGUGGUGCUUUACCGCGGAGAACCAGGCGCCGGGUCGCCUGUCAAAGGCCGCACAGGAGACCUGCUGGAGGUGCAGCAGCCUGUGGACCUGGGGUCCCUGCGUGGGAAACUGGAGGGGCUCCUGUCCCGGGGCAUCCGCAGCCUGGCGGUGGUUCUCAUGCAUUCCUACACAUGGGCCCAACAUGAGCAGCAGGUGGGCACACUGGCCCGGGAGCUGGGCUUCAAGCACGUGUCCCUGUCCUCGGAGGCCAUGCCCAUGGUCCGCAUUGUUCCCCGGGGACACACAGCCUGCGCCGAUGCCUACCUCACUCCUGCCAUCCAGCGCUACGUGCAGGGCUUCCGCCGUGGCUUCCAGGGCCAGCUUAAGGACGUGCAGGUGCUCUUCAUGCGCUCCGAUGGUGGCCUGGCGCCCAUGGACGCCUUCAGUGGCUCCCGCGCUGUGCUCUCUGGUCCCGCCGGCGGUGUGGUGGGUUACUCAGCCACAACCUAUCAGCUAGAGGGUCACCAGCCUAUCAUUGGCUUUGACAUGGGAGGCACAUCCACAGAUGUGAGCCGCUAUGCUGGGGAAUUUGAGCAUGUGUUUGAGGCCAGCACAGCUGGUGUCACCCUCCAGGCCCCACAGCUGGACAUCAACACAGUGGCAGCUGGUGGGGGCUCCCGCCUCUUCUUCAGGUCUGGCCUCUUCGUAGUUGGGCCCGAGUCAGCAGGUGCCCACCCAGGCCCCGCCUGCUACCGCAAAGGGGGCCCCGUGACAGUGACGGAUGCUAAUCUGGUCCUGGGUCGCCUGCUGCCUGCCUCCUUCCCCUGCAUUUUUGGGCCGGGAGAGGACCAGCCACUGUCCCCUGAAGCCUCCCGCAAGGCCCUGGAGGCAGUGGCCACUGAGGUGAACAGCUUCCUGACCAGCGGGUCCUGCCCGGCCUCCCCACUGAGCCUGGAGGAGGUGGCCAUGGGAUUCGUGCGUGUGGCCAAUGAGGCCAUGUGCCGGCCCAUCCGUGCGCUCACACAGGCACGAGGUCAUGACCCCUCAGCCCAUGUGCUGGCCUGCUUCGGGGGAGCUGGUGGGCAGCAUGCUUGUGCCAUUGCCCGGGCCCUGGGCAUGGACACUGUGCAUAUUCACAGGCACAGUGGGCUGCUGUCAGCUCUGGGGCUGGCUCUGGCAGAUGUGGUGCAUGAGGCACAGGAGCCUUGCUCCCUGCCUUACACGCCAGAGACCUUCAUGCAGCUGGACCAGAGACUGAGCCUCCUGGAGGAGCAGUGUGUGGAUGCCCUGCAGGCCCAGGGCUUCCCUAGGUCCCAGAUCAGCACGGAGAGCUUCCUGCAUCUGCGUUACCAGGGAACUGACUGUGCCCUGAUGGUGUCUGCCCACCAGCACCCAGCUACGUCCCGCUCACCCCGUGCUGGUGACUUUGGGGCAGCCUUUGUGGAAAGGUACCUGAGGGAGUUUGGCUUUGUCAUCCCUGAGCGGCCUGUGGUGGUGGACGACGUGAGGGUGAGGGGCACUGGCCGCAGUGGUCUUCGGCUGGAGGUCGCCCCCAAAGCCCAGACUGGGCCUCCCCGGGUGGACAAGGUGACCCAGUGCUACUUCGAGGGGGGUUACCAGGAGACCCCUGUGUACCUGCUAGGGGAGCUGGGCUAUGGGCACCAGCUCCAGGGGCCCUGCCUCAUCAUUGACAGCAACAGCACCAUCCUUGUGGAGCCCGGGUGCCAGGCAGAGGUGACCAAGUCAGGGGACAUCCGCAUCUCUGUGGGGGCUGAGGCCCCCAGCACAGUGGGCACUAAGCUUGAUCCCAUCCAGCUGUCUAUCUUUUCACAUCGCUUCAUGAGCAUCGCUGAGCAGAUGGGCCGCAUCCUGCAGCGCACUGCCAUCUCCACCAACAUCAAGGAACGCCUGGACUUCUCCUGUGCCCUCUUUGGACCUGACGGGGGGCUGGUCUCUAAUGCCCCCCACAUUCCUGUGCAUCUGGGAGCCAUGCAGGAGACUGUGCAGUUCCAGAUCCAGCACUUGGGGUCUGAUCUCCACCCGGGUGAUGUGCUGCUCAGCAACCACCCCAGCGCAGGGGGCAGCCAUCUUCCAGACCUGACUGUAAUCACACCGGUAUUUUGGCCAGGUCAGACUCGGCCUGUGUUCUACGUGGCCAGCCGAGGGCAUCAUGCAGACAUUGGGGGUAUUACACCAGGCUCCAUGCCCCCGCACUCCACUGCACUGCAACAGGAGGGGGCCGUCUUUCUGUCCUUCAAGCUGGUCCAGGGAGGCGUCUUUCAGGAGGAGGCGGUGACAGAGGCCUUACGGGCACCAAGCAAGAUCUCUGGUUGUAGUGGAACUAGGAAUCUGCAUGACAAUCUGUCGGAUCUCCGUGCCCAGGUGGCCGCCAACCAAAAGGGCAUACAGUUGGUGGGGGAGCUCAUCGGGCAAUAUGGCUUGGAUGUUGUGCAGGCCUACAUGGGCCACAUUCAGGCAAAUGCAGAGCUGGCAGUGCGUGACAUGCUGCGGGCCUUUGGAACCUCCCGGCAGGCUCGGGGCCUACCCCUUGAGGUGUCUGCGGAGGACCACAUGGAUGAUGGCUCUCCUAUACACCUCCGAGUUCAGAUCAACCUGAGUCAGGGCAGUGCUGUAUUUGACUUCAGUGGCACUGGGCCGGAGGUGUUUGGCAACCUCAAUGCCCCGCGGGCCAUAACGCUGUCGGCCCUCAUCUACUGCCUGCGCUGUCUUGUGGGCCGUGACAUCCCACUCAACCAGGGCUGCCUGGCACCUGUGCGGGUGGUGAUUCCUAGAGGCUCCAUCCUGGACCCAUCCUCAGAGGCAGCGGUGGUGGGCGGCAACGUGCUCACGUCACAGCGUGUGGUGGACGUCAUCCUGGCGGCCUUCGGGGCCUGCGCUGCCUCCCAGGGCUGCAUGAACAACGUGACCCUGGGCAAUGCCCAUAUGGGGUACUACGAGACGGUAGCGGGCGGCGCAGGUGCGGGCCCCGGCUGGCACGGACGCAGCGGCGUGCACAGCCACAUGACCAACACGCGCAUCACCGACCCCGAGAUACUGGAGAGCCGGUACCCAGUCGUCUUGCGCCGCUUUGAACUGAGGCCGGGCUCAGGGGGCCGAGGCCGAUUCCGGGGCGGCGACGGCGUGGUCCGCGAGCUGCUCUUCCGCGAAGAGGCGCUGCUGUCGGUGCUCACAGAACGCCGGGCCUUCCAGCCCUAUGGCCUUCAGGGGGGUGAGCCUGGCGCCAGGGGCCUAAACCUGCUGAUCCGAAAGGAUGGCCGCACUGUGAACCUUGGCGGGAAGACGUCGGUGUCAGUGUACCCGGGGGAUGUGUUCUGCCUUCAUACCCCUGGAGGUGGUGGCUACGGGAACCCAGAGGACCCUGCCCCAUCGAAGGGCUCGCCCCCACAAUCCCCUGCCUUCUCAGAGCGGGGUAGUGUCUAUGAGUACCGCAGGGCCCAAGAGGCUGUGUGAGGGCCCCCCUAAUAAAGACCCCUUACAUCGCCCAGUUGUGGGACACGGCUGUCAGGCCAAA